AUGCGAUCUCACACCGCCCUUAACAUAUACAACGUGGAUGGGGAGGUGCCGGAGACUGUUAUGACUGGACAGACUGCAAAUAUUGGUCCAUGGUGUGAUUUCCAAUGGUAUCAAUGGGUAAAAUACUACGAUGAGACUGCAAAAUUCCCUGAUGAUAAGAUGUCCCUUGGACGAUGCUUGGGACCAAGUCCUGGAAUCGGAUCCCUCUUGACUGGAAAGAUCCUUAAGAACAACGGGAACUACCACCACACCUCCACCUUCAGAGCCCUAACAUCCGAAGAAAUGGCUGACGCCGCCAAGAAAUGCCUAGGUAAUGACUUCAAUACCAAUGUGAAUGACAAGUUGGGUGACAAGGCAAAGCCUGAAGAUUUCAGUGAGGACGAUCUCACCCCUACAUAUGACCGUUAUGAGGAUGAUUCUGGAGAAGGAUUGGAUCUAAUGCCUGACAGGGAUGAGCAGCAGCACGACUACUAUGAUCUAUACCUCAAUGCUGAAGUGCUGCUUGCUAGAGGGGACAAGAUGGUAACUGGAAAGGUCACUGGACGAAAGAGGGAAGCAGACGGAAGUCUUAGAGGAAAUGGGCAUGCUGUCCCAAUGCUGGACACUCGCACAUAUACCGUUGAAUUCCCUGAUGGGGCCAAAGCCACUUAUGCAGCAAACGUACUUGCUGAGGGAAUGUACCUGCAAUGUGAUGAGAACGGCAAUCAAUUCCUCCUGCUCGACUCCAUCAUUGACCAUAAGACAGACAAGACUGCAAUCCAACCUGGCAACAACAGAUUCCGAUACCAUGGACGACUUGUCCAGAAACGUACAACAAAAGGAUGGCAGCUUUGUGUCCAAUGGAAGGACGGUACCACUACUUGGGAGCGACUGUCUGAUCUCAAAGAAUCUUUCCCCAGUGAGGUUGCUGAGUUUUCCGUCGCAACUGGAAUAGAUCACCUACCCGCAUUCAAGUGGUGGGUUCCAUACAUCUUGAAGAAACAAAAUGCAAUUAUUGUCAAGGUCAAGAGCCAAUACCACAAGCGAACACACAAAUUUGGCAUCAGAGUUCCCAAAACAGUCCAAGAAGCCCGUGAACUUGAUCGAAUCAAUGGCAACGACUUGUGGGAACAGGCCCUUGGGAAGGAGAUGAGCAAUGUUUGUGUGGCUUUCAAGAUGCUCAACGAGGAAGACAAAGCACCAGUUGGGCACACCAAAAUCAAGUGCCACAUCGUUUUUGAUGUCAAAAUGGAAACACUCCGCCGGAAAUGCCGACUGGUUGCUGGUGGCCCCAUGACUGAGGCACCAUGUCCUAGCUCAAAGCUGCUGACAUCCAGAAUGCCUACUUGA